AUGUCGUACGUCCAUACAGGAGCUCCUGUGGAGUUCAAUGGUACCGAUCCCUGGCUCGGCGGUGAUUCCGCCGUCGAAAAUGUCAACCAGUGGUACCAGGCCGGUGACCAGGCCUUCAUCCUCGUCUCCGCCUUCCUCGUCCUCUUCAUGGUGCCCGGCAUCGCCUUCCUCUACUCCGGUCUCGCCAGGAGAAAGUCUGCUCUUUCCAUGCUCUGGGUCACCAUGAUGUCCUUCUCCGUUGUCGUAUUCCAGUGGUAUUUCUGGGGCUACUCCCUCGCCUUCUCCCUCGAGUCCAACAACCCCUUCAUCGGCGACCUCACCCACAUCGGCCUCCGCAAGCUCCUCGCCGCUCCCUCCCAGGGCUCCCCCUCGUCCCCGCCCUCCUCUACUCCUUCUACCAGAUGA